GGGGACGACGUGGGGCCGCCGCCAGCGCCGGAUUGCUGGGCGGCGGCGCCGCAGCUGAGCGGCGGUCGGGCUCGGCGUCUCCACCUCCUCGCGUCCGUAAUCAGUGACGAGGUCCGCUACGUAAAUCCCUUCGCGGCGGGAUAAAUAAAGAAAACGGGGAAGGAGGAAAGCAUUGAUUACAAAUGUCUUAACAAUGAGCAAAUGUGCAAAGAAAAAAUAUAUUAAGACAAAUCUAAGACAAAUGACCAUGGAAACAGUUGAAUCCCAGCAUGAUGGAAGUGUAACAGCCUCUUUGACAGAGAGCAAGUCUGCUCAUAUGCAGACUCAGACUGGCCAAAAUUCAAUCCCUGCUUUAGCUCAGGUUUCUGUAGCUGGAUCAGGCACCGGAAGAGGCUCUCCAGCUGUAACUCUAGUGCAGUUACCUUCGGGCCAAACUGUGCAUGUCCAGGGAAUAAUUCAGUCACCACAAAUACACACUGUUCAGGUAGCAACAAUUGCAGAGACAGAUGAAUCUGCAGAAUCAGAAGGUGUAAUUGAUUCUCAUAAACGUAGAGAAAUCCUUUCACGAAGACCCUCUUACAGAAAAAUACUGAAUGAACUGUCCUCUGAUGUGCCUGGUGUUCCCAAGAUUGAAGAAGAAAAAUCAGAGGAAGAAGGAACACCACCUAACAUUGCUACCAUGGCAGUACCAACUAGCAUAUAUCAGACUAGCACGGGGCAAUACAUUGCUAUAGCCCAAGGUGGAACAAUCCAGAUUUCUAACCCAGGAUCUGAUGGUGUUCAGGGACUGCAGGCAUUAACAAUGACCAAUUCAGGAGCUCCUCCACCAGGUGCUACAAUUGUACAGUAUGCAGCACAAUCAGCUGAUGGCACACAGCAGUUCUUUGUCCCAGGCAGCCAGGUUGUUGUUCAAGCUGCCACUGGUGACAUGCCAACUUACCAGAUCCGAGCUCCUACUACUGGUUUGCCACAGGGAGUGGUGAUGGCUGCGUCGCCCGGAAGUUUGCACAGUCCCCAGCAGCUGGCAGAAGAAGCAACACGCAAACGAGAGCUGAGGCUAAUGAAGAACAGUUUUUUUGUUAACCAGCUGAGAAGUCUGAGAACUUUGUGAGUUCACAGGGUGAGUCCAUUGCUCCUGGCUAGGAAGCCAGGGUUGAUCUUCUGCGGUUCAUCUGGAUUUCAAGGUUAUUCUUUGCUGACUCAUGCUUCCACAGUGAAAACACAGAUAUCCAGUCAAUGGGAGUCCGUUAUCUUAAAAAAAAAAUCAUGUAUAUAUCACAUGUGGAUCAGGAUGCUAAUUGGCAUUACAGAAACUGGUGUUUAGACAUUCAGCACUGCUUUUGUUAACAUGUGAAUGAUGAUAUCUGUUUCAGUGUAGGCUUUUUUGAUAUGAAUGGUGAUCUACCUCAAAGGCAGUUAUUCUGGAACUGAAUCCUCCAAAAUGAGGCCAAAGGGUAUCUUCUAUAGAGGAGUUAAGGGAAGUAGUUACCAUCCCUUCACCCUGAAAGAAAGACAAAGAGAAAUGUUGGCUAUCUUUAUUGUUCUGUGGGGUCACGCAUGAAAAUGAUGAACUCAUCUAUUUGUGUUGUUGCUUUGGCUACUGGUGUGUUCUUUCAGUUUGGGCUUAUAGUGCUUUAAAAUUCAAUAUAUUGGAUAUUAAAUGCAUGUGAUUGGAAAACAGUCUUGAAAUGUGCCCUAGAGUAACUCAGUAGCUUCUUUAUUAUAAUUAUAAUUGUGGUGGUCUCGCAUUUGUGGGUUUAAAUUCCCUGGGUUAUUGAGUGUUGUCUUUGUAGCCGUCUUGUUCUUGAAUUUUCAGAAGCAUCAUCCAUUCGUUUUGGUUUAUAAAAAUGCAUAUCUUUUGUUCAUUGUUAACGAUUUAGCCAUGUUGUGUUUUCUAGCCAAUAAACUGUGUCUUGGAGUCACGAUUGAUCUUGUUUUACUGAGAUUUAGUCUGAAGACUAAGAAUCUCCAGUGUUGACAUUUAAGGUUUUUAAGGACUCUUAUAAUCAUUUUUGAUCAAAUAAAAUUAACUCAUUAUGUUGGAAUAUGUGCCUUUUGCAGACAAAAAUAAGAUAAUUGAAAGGGUCUAUAAGUGUUUUUGUAGAAAUUCCACUCGGGGAUGUGGUCCCAUUGUAGUUUACCGAAAACAGUUCUGGUUGUUGUUACCAGUGGAAUGUGUGCCCUAAGAAAACACCAUUUUUGAUGAAUGCUGGGUGAAUUGUGUUCUCAAGUUAUUCUUGUUGGCUUAUGGUUAUCUUACAAAAAGCACGUACCUGGUUAUGUUUGUUACGUGGGUUUGUACAGUCCUUGCCUAGGAUCGGCUGGCUGUUGAGUUCGGGGGCAGAAGUGCACUGAGCCACUGUGGACGGUGUUGGAAGGCUGUUCCUGUAGUCAUUUGCCUUGUGUUGG